AUGGCUUUUGCAAGACACCCCUCACUGUUCAGGACACUGCUCCUAGUGCUGAUCCUGGUGCUCUCAGCUAAAUCAGCCCACGGGAGGGCUGUACGGACUGUACCCAACAAGGAAGGAGGCACUGAUGAGAAAAUGAGCGACGACUGCCCGACCCAAAAGAAUUCCAGAUUCCCUCUAAGUGUGAAAGUCAACAUACACAUCAGCAGCCCCAGUCAUGCUAUCAGAAUGGCUCAUGAUGUCAGGAACCGGUCUAUAUCUCCUUGGGAUUACAGCAUGACCAAGGAUCCCAACCGGUUCCCCGAAGUGAUCGCCGAGGCCAAGUGCCGCCAUUACAGCUGCAUGAAUGCCUUGGGGCAGAAGGACUACAGCAUGAACUCUGUCCCCAUCCAGCAGGAGAUCCUUGUUCUCCGACGGGAGCAGAGAGGCUGCCAGCACGCCUACCGGCUGGAGAAGCAGCUCAUCACCGUAGGCUGUACCUGCGCUGUGCCUGUUCUCCAUCAUCACUCCUAAGAGGGUCAAUCCUAAGAGGGUCAGGACAUGGACAGUUAGCCAAUAUAACAAAUGACAUGUGUAACAAAUUCAUGAUUACUCUGAUCUGUCAGAUCCUCAUGAAAUUUAACCUGAAUUUCAAUACAGAAUUGGGGGUAGGAGUGGGAAUUUUUUCCAGUGCUGAUUAAUAUUUACAUUAUGGUAGGGCCUCCGGGCUCUGAUCACGGACCCCUUUGUGCUAGGUGCUGUACUGAGAUAAAAGUAGAAAUGGACCAUGCCCUGAAGAGCUUGAAGUCUAAGAAGACAAGCAUCAUACAAAAGGAAGGGAAGCAGGAGAUGUAAAUUCUGAUUUGUGAGAGAGCACAGCUAUGUUCCCAAAUUGUUUUGUGUGUGUACAUGUCUGUAUCUGACAUAGAAAACUGUAAAUCGAUGUAAGACUAGCUCUACACUAGAAAGAGUUUGCCAGGACACCCUCUGAGUGCUUUUGCCAGUAUGGCUUAUACUGGUUCAGCAAGGGAAAUAAACUAUACUGGCAAAUGCAUCUUUAUGCUGAUAUAACUGCAUCUAUACUAGGCUUUUUCUUAUAGAAAUAUUGCACCCCCCCCAAAAAAAAUCCCACCUCUAAUUAACUUUGCUAUUCCAGCAACUGUUUCUAGUGUAGCUCUGACUAAGAGAUUUUGGGCCUGAUUCUGAUCUCAUUUACACUGGUUUUAUCCUGUUAUAACUCCUGUGAUUAAGUGAGAGAAGUGGACCCACUGGCUUCUGCUGGAGUUUAGCAAU